GUUCAGUACCAUAGGUAACAAUUGAGCACUUCGGAGUCGGCACUGGAGACAGUACGUACAUAAUUUUAAGAUUUGCGCGGAGGCUGUGCUCAUUUUAAAAGGAAUAAUUUUUUUAAAAUUGUCAAAGGUUGUUACUGUUUAAGUAAAAUUUAUUUGAUUUUAGAAAUUAUUGUUUAAUAUUUAAUAGUAAUCAUGACAAGAGCUACAAUUGAAUUAGGAAAUGUUACUCCUCACAAUAUUAAACAAUUAAAGAAACUAAACAGCGUCGUAUUUCCGGUUUAUUACAACGACAAAUUUUAUAAAGAUGUUCUGGAAGCUGGAGAGCUAGCAAAACUUGCAUACUAUAAUGACAUUGUGGUUGGGGCAGUAUGUUGUCGUAUUGACACAUCUGAAAAGAGUCGUAGAUUGUAUAUCAUGACGCUAGGAUGCUUGUACCCAUACAGAAGAUUGGGCAUUGGAACAAUGAUGGUUAAUCAUGUAUUAAAUUAUGUAGAGCGAGAUGGGAAUUUUGAUAGCAUCUUCCUACACGUUCAAGUUAACAACGAAGGAGCUAUUGACUUUUAUAAGAAAUUUGGAUUUGAAAUUGUUGAGACCAAGGAACAUUACUAUAAAAGGAUUGAACCUGCAGAUGCUCAUGUGUUACAAAAGACAUUGAGAAGUAAAGAGCAGAGAAAUGGCACACAUGAAGAAAACGGUAAAGAAAAUAAAAAAGCUCACUAAAAAUUAUAUUCUUUUGGACUACAUAUUUGUUUUUAUUUGGUUAAAAUAGUGUUAGUGUUUACUUGACACAUUUUACUAUUGGUAAAUUGAGUGUAAAAAGUCAUGUAAAUAACAAAAAUACACUUGUUAAUAUUUUUAAA